AAGAUGGCGGCGUCCAUGGGGACAGGAAGCGGAAGUGGCUCCGCGGAGGCGCCGUGGGGCAUCUGCGACGCCGCUGGGGACCGGGGGCCCUUCUGAGCCCCCUCCCCACCAUGUUUCUGCUUCCUUGCUCUGCCCUUGCCCUCCUCCUGCUUACCUUCCUGGCUCUGGAGCCACCCCCACGCCGCCCCUCACCCUCCAACCCUGCAUUCUGCCGCUUCCAGCGGGAAUUCCUGCUGGGAUAUCUCCCGGCGCUGGCUGCGGACUGGCUGCAGGGCCCACUGCUGUUCCAGCUGCUGCAUAGCCGAGGCUUCCUGCGCAGCCAGAUCGCUGCGCUCUACUCCUGCGGCUUUGCCUCCAACGUCACCUUUGGCCUUGUCUCUGGAGUUUUUGUGGAUCGGCUUGGCCGGAAAAAGUCCUGUGUGUUGUCCUUGGGGCUGUGCUCCGUGUCGUGCCUGCUGCAGCUCUCCCGGGAUUUCCUGGCACUGGCAGCUGGCCGGGUCCUGGCGGGGCUCGGCACCUCUCUGCUCUUCUCUGCCUUUGAGUCGUGGUACAUCCAUGAGCACCUGGAGCGCCAUGACUUCCCAGCCGAGUGGAUUCCCAACACCUUCUCCCGCGUGGCCCUCUGGAACAGUGGCCUGGCCAUGGCAGCUGGCCUGGUAGCCGAGCUGGUGGCUGAGGGGCUGGCGCUGGGCCCUGUGGCCCCAUUCCUGGUGGCUGUGCCCUUCCUGGCGCUCUCAGGGAUCUUUGCUGGGAAAAACUGGGAUGAGAACUAUGGGAAGAGCCGGCCCUGCGGUAAGGCCUGUGGAGAAGGCCUUCGGGGCCUCCUAUCUGACCCACGGGUGCUGCUCCUGGGGCUGGUCCAGGCCCUCGUGGAGAGCAUCCUCCUCAUCUUUGCCUUCCUUUGGACACCUGUCCUGGAGCCGCAUGGGAUCCCACUGGGAAUUGCCUUCUCGGGAUUCAUGGCUGCCAGUGCUGUGGGCUCAGCCCUGUUCCGGCGCGGAGUCACUGGGAGGCUCCGGCUGCAGCCGCUGCAGCUCCUGCCCAGCUCUGUUCUACUCCUGGGGCUGGCUCUUCUGGUCCUGGCACUGCCACUGUACCCCCCCUGUGACUUCCUUGCCGUGCUUGUGCUCCAGCUCUCCUGUGGGAUUUACUUCCCAGCCAUGGCAUUCCUGCGGCGCCGGAUGGAGCGGGGAGGGGAUGCGGCAGGAGGAGCACGGUGGCUGCGGAUGCCCCUUGGCCUGGGGGUGUCACUGGUGCUGCCAGCACUGCCUGGGGACCCCAUGGGGACACGGGGGGUGUUUGGGGCCGCGGCCCUAGCGGCACUGGUGGCACUGGGGGCAGCUGGGGGGGUCCUGGGCACCACCCGUGGGGAUGAGGGGCUGAAGGUAGGGGACGAGGGGCUGCUUGAGGGGGACACUGGGGAGUGAUGAGGACACUAGGACAGGGACACUGGGACAGCUCAGCUGGGAUGUGAUGGGGACACUGGGACAGUUUGAGGAUGUGACAAGAACACUGGGGGUGAUGGGGACACUGGGACACUGGGACACUGGGACAGUUUGAGGAUGUGACAGGAACACUGGGGGUGAUGGGGACACUGGGACACUGGGACAGUUUGAGGAUGUGACAGGAACACUGGGGGUGAUGGGGACAUGGACACUGGGACAGCUCAAUGAGGACACCGGGGUGUGACUGGGACAGCUUGACAGGAACAUAGGGGUGUAAUGGGGAUGUUGGGGUGUGAUAGGAACAGGGACACCAGGAUGUGACUGGGAUACCAGGACAGCUUGAUGGGGACACUGGGGUGUGGUAGGAAUGGGGAUGCUGGGGUGGCACAGGGACACCAGGACAGCUCAGUGAGGACACCAAGGUGUGACAGGGAGACCAGAAUGCGACAAGGACAGAGACACUGGGAUGUGACAGUGGCAGAAGCACCAAGACAGCUGUAUAGGGACACAGGGACAGCUUGAUGGAACACUGGGAUUUGACAGGGACAAGGACAGUAAUACCUGGCUGGGACAGGAAUACUGGGAUAGCUCAACAGGAACACCAGGGUGUGACAGGGUCAGGGACAUGGGAAGAGCCCAUAGGGUCACCAGGCAGUGAUGGGGUCACAGUGUCACCCCCAUGCUGAGCUGUGAGUGACACAAACUGAGACAGCCAGUGGGGACACUGAGCUGUGGUGGGUCACAGUGUCACCCCCAUAGUGGACUGUGGGUGACUGGGACGCCUCUUUAGGCCACUGAACUGCGAUGGGUCAUGGUGUCACUCCACAAUGGACUUUGGGUGACAAGACACUGCGGCACCCCACUGGUGACAUUAAGCUGUGACAGGUCACAGUGUCACCCCGAUAAUGAAGUGUAGGUGACAGUGACACUGGGACACCCCAAUGGUGACCUAUUGUCACCCCCACAAUGAACUCUGGGUGACAACAUGGGGACACCGCAAGGUGACACUGAGCUGUGACAGAUCACGGUGUCACCCCCAUAACAAGGUGACACCCCCAGGUGACACCCAGGCUGUAAGAGGUCACAGUGCCACCUCCCCCAAAGUGCAGCAGGGGGGACAGGUGUGGCCUGUGACUGACCCCGUGUGGUGUCAUGGGGGGAGGGAUGUGUGUAUUAAUUACUUAAUUUCUAAUAAACCCACCCAAUAGAGGUGUUUGUGAAGUCGUCCCCCAGCCCCCCAACCCCCAAACCUGGGUCUGGGGGACACUGAAACCCUCUGAAACUGGGGGUGCCCCCAGUUCAAACCAGUGACUCCUAAUCCAUCCAUGUCCCCAGUGUGACCCUCGUGCUGGUUUGACCCCAAUCUAAG